AUGCAAUCAACUUCAAUACAAAAUUUUCAACAACAACAAAAAGAAGAAAUUUCUAAAAUACAUCGUCCUGGAGUUGUCGCAAACUUUAUAUAUAAAGUUGUAGAACUUGGUACCUUUACUUACGCUUUUGUCACUGAUGCCAUUAAUAUUUUAACCGGACAAAAAUCGAUUUUUUUAUUCUUUUUGUUGUUCUUUACUCUAAAUUUCUUCCAAUAUAUAUUACUAUAUACCAAAAUGUUUUUUAAAAAAUAUCAACAACAACAAGAAGAAAUUUCUAAAAUAUGUCGUCCUGGAGUUGUCGCAAACUUUAUAUAUAAAGUUGUAGAACUUGGUACCUUUACUUACGCUUUUGUCACUGAUGCUAAUAAUAUAUUAACCGGAAGUCAUUCAGUUUCUACUUGGGGUGAAAAUGUAGAAACUGUUGAAGAUGAAGAACUUCCUCCACCUUACGAUAAUUCUUGGUCUAUGCCAUCAACAACAACAACAACAACAACAUUUGCAACUACUAAUACAACCACAACUGAAACUAAACCUUCACUUGCAAUUUCUACACCACCUUCACAACAAAAAGAUUAUCCAACUACUCAAACUGAAACUAGACCUUCACUUAUAAUUUCACGACAAGAUCAUCCAACUAUUCAAACUUCUCAAAAAAUUACACCAACCCAUUCACCAACAAAUUCAACUUCACGACGAAGACAAUUCCGUGUUCGUCGUGGUCGUAGAUUUAUACGUCGCAAAUCAUCAUCUGUUGAACAUAUGAGUAAUAAUGUUAAUAAUACGAAUACUCAUUACGAUAAUAAUGUCGAUGAUGAUGAAAAUAUUAUCCUUAAAGAACUUACGGAUACUCAUUCUGAUAGUAAUGUCGAUGAUGAUGAAGAUAUUAUCUAUAAAAGAAUUAAUUGUAAAAUAUCUAAUAUGAUAGCCGAAGUUACUGCUGCUUUAAAUAGUAAGGCUGAAGUUACAGAAGUUGACAUGAUACUUGCCGAGGAAAAAGAACGUGAAGAACGAAUUAUGAAAGAAUUUGGAAUUCGGAAAACUCCCAUUAGUAGGCGAGCUCGUACAAAUUUUAUUGUUCACAAUUACAAUUAUAGUACUUACAAUUAUAAUUAUAAUAAUUCCAAUUCCAAUUACAAUAAUUACAAUAACAAUUACAAUAACAAUCACAAUUGA